AACGCAAGGAAACUUUUUUUUUUUUUUUUGGCGCUUGCAGAAGUUCAGCGCUCGUUCAGUGCCUGGAGGGGAGCUGCCGGACUCGGGGCAGUUUCCUAGCUCUUAACCGCUCAAGCCACCGUGCAAGAUGAGCGCAGCCGUGGAGGAAGCUGUUUUGCCGUCUAUCUCUACCUUUGCCGGAUUGGUGCCGCUGGAAGACCGGCAGCCCGACAUGGUACAGCAGCAGCAGCAGAGGAUCCCCACCCACGCGGAGGGCGCCGCGACCAUCAAGAGGGAAGCGGACGAGCUGGGCAACUUCGUCGACCUGGAGUUCAUCCUGGCGCACACCACGAACGGGCAGCCCACGGGGGUGGUGGCGCCCCCGCACCCCAACCCCAACUACCCGUUGCCCGAGACUCCCGAGAGCUGCGGCACCACCUACGACAGCGACAGCUCCAACUACCAGCAGCCCUCCAACAAGUUCGCCGCGUCCUACAUGCCCAGCCCCGGUCACAGCUACAUGGCCGAGCUCUUCACGCAGGACAUGCAACAGCACCCGACGGCAGGGCCGGGCCCUUGCGAGCUGCAGCGGCGGGAAUACACGGAGCUGCGCGCCCCUGGCUUGGCCCACGGUCACCCAGCCUUAGCUCGGGGCAUAUCCAUGGAGCACCUGCGCGUCAAGCAGGAGCCGAUGGACGGGCAGCCGUGCAUGAUGAGCGGCAGCCCGGAUUGCCUGGGGCCCGCUCCUCUGGACCACAAGCCCCUUCUGAUGCAGGCCAUGAUGCAGCACCAGCAGCCGCCCCUCCCGCAGCACGCGCCCUCCGGCUUCCCCAACGAGCAGAUGAGCCCCGCGGCCCAGUGCCAGGUGGCUGGCGACGUGCACGCGCAGAUGGGAGCCCCCCAGCAUUACCCCCGGGGGCCCCACCUCUUUCCGCCCAACUUCGCCGGGCAGAUGCAGCCCCAGUUCCGUGGACACUUCAGCGUCUUCCGGGAGUCCUUGAACGCGCACGCCCAGGGCCUGCACGGGCUGCUGGUCACGCCGCCCAAUUCGCCCGUCUUGGAUUACUAUCCCCCGAUGGGGCCCCCGGAGGAAUGCAAGCCGAAGAGGGGCCGCAGGUCCUGGGCGCGCAAGCGCACGGCCACCCACAAUUGCGAGUUCGCCGGCUGCGGCAAGACCUACACGAAGAGCUCACAUCUCAAGGCGCACAUGCGGACCCACACGGGUGAGAAGCCUUAUCACUGUAACUGGGAAGGCUGCGGCUGGAAAUUUGCACGGUCAGAUGAACUAACACGCCAUUACCGCAAACACACUGGUGUCCGGCCCUUCCAGUGCCACCUAUGUGACCGUGCCUUCUCCCGAUCAGAUCACCUGGCCCUGCACAUGAAGAGGCAUGUGUGAAGCAUGGCCUGCUCCCUGGGGCACCUGGGUGGGAUGUGGUAGGGAUGAAGAAGAGGGGGAUGGGACAGGACAACAGGGCAGGGAUGCAAAGAGACUCUGAACUCUAUUUAUGAAGGGAUGGAAUAUUUUCUUAUUGGAAGAGGUAAAUUAUGUAUAUAUUAGUAAAACAUUUUAAUAUUUAAAGAGGAAACCCAGUUGGUUCUUCCAUGAAAAUAUGGAAAACGUUUGUGUAUUUAAGAGUGAAUAGUUACACAGAUCUAACUGCAGCAGAGUAUAUGAAAAAUUGCACUGGAAAUAUUUGUGUGUGGGCACUAUAAUUGUGGCAGCAUAUCUCUGCCAUUCCCAUUCCAAAUCUUCAGUGUGCACACAGCCAUAGUACAAAGACUAUGUCAAUUGCCUCAUGCGAGUUUAACUUUUUGAUGUUUUGCUCUGUACAGUACAAUGGUCUUUCUUUUUUAUCUUCUAAUGUAAAAUGCUUGCUCUUGUCAAACUACCUUUUUAUAGUAGGUAUCCUUGAGGAAGAGAGGGACAAAUUUUAACUUGCUGGCUCCUUUUGUUCAAAGGGAUGGUGCCAAAAGGGACAGAUCCAAAAUGGUUGGCUUGAAUUAAGUUACCCCAGUGAAUUAAAACAUCUGCAUCUCAUACCAAAUUUUUUUUAAUCAAAUAUAGAUACUGGGGGGUGUUACCUCAUGUUUUGCCAAUGUAUAUAAUGACCAGGGAAGGGACUAGAGGGAAGUCAACUUUUUUCUUUUUUCUAAAAUGGUCACUUCUGGAACAGGCUGUAAAACCAAAAUAUAAACCCUGAACAAAAAGCAAAACUUAUUCUGGAAGAUUGCAUGAGCUGAAGGGUUUCAAGGACCAAUGUAGUGCAGGACAAUCCUGCUGAUACUUAACUCAGAAGCAAGUCCCAUUUGAGUUUAAUGGGACUAACAGCACAAUCCAUACAUUCAAAAAAAGCCACAUUGAGUUUAGCAAGUGUUCUAAGGUGGCCAAGCUGAAAAUGAGGACAAGACUCCAGCACCUUUAAUUAGUUGUAUAGUUUAAUAGUUGUAAGUUGUCACACAGGCUUACAUCUUCUACACAGCUUUUAUUAAGCAGAGGAAUCCUGUCCUUUUUUUCAGCCAGUAACCCCAAAGUAUACCUGGAGUUGCAAUGUUAUUUCCCCCCCCCCCCUUGUCCUGCUCAGGGAUGCUGCUAAAGCAUUGCCAAAAAUGCCUUAACAUUCAAAUACAUUUUUUCCCUGCAAAAUUGAGAUAUCGCAUACAGUGGUACCUUGGGUUACAUACGCUUCAG